GCCCCGCUCGAUGACGUCACAAACAGCUGACUUCAAAACAAAGCCAGACAUGAACGCCAACACGCAGGUUCUCGAACUGGAUGUUGAAGGCAGGCAGGUGGAUGAGGCCGUUUUAAGCCUUUUCCACACGUUACUUUUUCAUCGAUCAACGGGCAAAUUCCACUAUAAGAAUGAUGACACAUAUGCAGUUGGGACCAUAGGCUUCCAAGAUGUGGACUGCGAUUUUAUUGAUUUCACCUAUGUACGUUGUUCAUCAGACGAGCUUGAUAGAAGUAUCAAACGUGAAGUAAGCGGCUUCUGCGAAGCUAUAAGGGCACCUGAUGCGCCGUCAAGUGGACAGGUUGCUCUGGAAUUUUAUCAACGAAAACGAGGCAGAUGGCCUUUUGCAACAGAAAGCAUUCCAUGGGAGGUUUGGACACUUAGAAUCAACGUAGUUUCUCUCAACAAUGAACAUGAACGUCAGAUAUGGCGAGAAAGAGUUGGAGAUUCCCUCGGAGAGCGAUUGCUACACAUAACAGAUACACUAAACCGGCACGACUAUAUCCCUUCACCUCCAAACCAAGCGGAAAUAGACCUAAUCUAUGACACAGCCUACCCUGAUGUCCAGCCUUUUCUAUUCAAAAUCAACUACAGCGUAUCAGCCCCGACAAACCCUUCUGCCACAACUACAAUCAAGAAGCUUAUUCGAGACACGUUGGCUCUCACUUAACACUGGCUCCCCUUUAGGUUCAUGCUUCAGUGCUGCUGUGCUGGAUAUGGAAAAUUGAUAACAAAAAUAGUCCCAUUAACUUUGUUACUUUAAAAAAAGAAAAAAAAAAGAAAAAAGAAAAUGAAAAAUGAAAAAAAAAAAAAAGAAGAAGCUUAUGAUAUGCGCUAGAGUGAGAAGGUUUAUCGUCCAAUGAAAUACUGGUAUGUGAUCUGAUGGUGGGGACAACACCAAGACAUUGUCAGAAAUUAGUGAGAUGUUUAAUAUUUAUAUAUAGGUGCCGGUAUUUCCACAAGAUCAAACACUGCUAAUAUAUUGAUA